GAAGUCUAUUUUUCACUUCUUUGUUCUUUCCUCUUCUCUACGCAAACUUCAAGCUUGCAAUUCUCAAGAACGAAAGAUGGACAGGCUUACAAGAAUGAUGGCCGGCGCCGGAGGAGCUUUGGGACACCCGCCGCCAGAUUCUCCCACCCUCGACACCUCUGAGCAAGUCUAUAUCUCUUCGCUCGCUCUCCUCAAGAUGCUCAAGCACGGAAGAGCUGGUGUUCCUAUGGAAGUUAUGGGGCUAAUGUUGGGAGAGUUCGUAGAUGAGUAUACGGUUAAGGUGGUUGAUGUUUUUGCAAUGCCGCAGAGUGGUACAGGAGUUAGUGUGGAAGCUGUCGAUCCUGUUUUCCAGACUAAUAUGCUUGAUAUGCUGAAGCAAAUUGGAAGGCCAGAGAUGGUUGUGGGAUGGUACCAUUCGCAUCCUGGAUUUGGUUGCUGGCUGUCUGGUGUAGAUAUCAACACACAGCAGAGUUUUGAAGCUUUAAAUCAAAGAGCUGUUGCUGUUGUGGUGGAUCCUAUACAAAGUGUCAAGGGGAAGGUUGUUAUGGAUGCCUUCCGCUUGAUCAACCCACAGACCAUGAUGCUUGGUCAAGAGCCUCGUCAGACAACAUCCAACCUUGGGCAUCUCAAUAAACCGUCAAUUCAGGCAUUGAUCCAUGGGUUGAACAGGCAUUACUAUUCCAUCGCCAUCAACUACAGGAAGAAUGAACUUGAGGAAAAGAUGUUGCUGAAUCUUCACAAAAAGAAAUGGAAUGAUGGAUUGACACUUAAGAAAUUUGAUGUUCAUUCCAAAACUAACGAGCAGACUGUCCAGGAAAUGUUGGGUCUUGCAAUUAAGUAUAACAAAGCAGUUCAAGAGGAGGAUGAGUUGACCCCAGAGAAACUAGUAAUUGCAAAGGUGGGAAGGCAAGACGCAAAGAAGCAUCUUGAAGAGCAUGUAUCAAACUUGAUGUCCUCUAACAUAAUUCAGACCUUGGGUACCAUGCUCGACACCGUUAUUUUCUAGUUCAAGCCAUAAUUAGAUAGAAAGAUGUUGGAAGAAUCUUGACGAAGAAGCUUAAUUGAUUUUUGAUUGCUGUGAUAGAAUGGAUAUGUAUAUAGAUAUUUUCUAGAAGUUAUUGAUGUUUUUUCAGCAAAUAUUUUCUAGAAUCUCUAUUGCAUGUCUUUUCAGCAAAUUAUCUGAAAUCUCUAGCAGAUGUUUGAGUGUACUUUAACUCUAUGAUGCAUUCAUUGUGGGUUCUUUGGUAAAGAUUUAUGAAAUCAUAGCUUAUAA